GGGAACCUCGGCCAGCACAGCCUCUCCUCGCCCACCGUCAACGGCUUCCGCUCCAGGAGGGAGUCGGAGGCCUCCAGGAGCAGCGAGGACAAGCGCCACCCUCGCCUCGGGAGAAACCCUGGCGGCUCCAGGGACUCCAGAAGCUCCCGAGAUUCUCGCGACUCCCUCGUGUCUCGCGAUUCCUCGAUGCGGGACGAGGUUACCAGCAGCAGCGUGGACGAGGUCUUCACGGACGAGCGGCACGUCAACAGCAACAACAUCCAAGAUCAAAAGGAGAAGGAAGCCACGACAGGCCUCGGAUUAGUGGAAUUCUCGUUGUUAUAUGAUUCCCACAACCAGGCGCUGCACUGCACAGUCCAUUCUGCCAGGAAUCUAAGGCCAGCUGAUAGCGGUUCUCAGGCAGAUCCCUACGUCAAGCUACACCUUCUUCCUGGCGCUAGUAAGUCGAACAAAUUAAGGACGCGAACGAUCCCCAAGACGGUGAACCCGGACUUCAACGAGACACUUACCUACUACGGCAUACGAGGACAGAUUCAGCUGCGACUUCCUGGGCGAAGCAAGAAUCGCGCUGAAGAAGGUCCGGCCGCACGAGACCAAGAGACUCAGAGUGAACCUGGAGAAGCGAGCCAUCCUGGCCGAGGACGAAGUCAAGGGCGAGACGGAGCGAGGGAAGGUCCUACUCAGCCUCAAGUACGCAACGCAGAGGAACGCCCUCAUCGUGGGCAUCGUUCGCUGUGCCCACCUUCCCUCCAUGGACUCCAACGGCUUCUCGGACCCUUACGUCAAAGUGCAGCUGAAACCGGACCCGGCGCACAAGAAGUACCGCACGGCCGUCAAGUGGAAAAACCUUAACCCGGAGUUCAAUGAGGAAUUCGUUUUCGAGGUCCGGCGCAACGAGCUGCCCAAGAAGCUCCUGGAUAUCCGGGUCUACGAUAAGGACGUGGGCAGGAGCGAUGACUUUAUCGGUGGCUUGCAACUCUCUCAAGACAGCACGGGCACUGAGUUGCGUCAUUGGUAUGAUGCUUUGCAAUAUCCCGACCGCAGGCACGACCGAUGGCAUCAGUUGCAGCCUCUGAACGGAAAAUAAGUUUUAUAUAUUUAUUCAUUUACAAGAGUGUUUAUAAAUAGAAUCAUUAUGCAAUCGCCUAUAAAGGAAAAGAACGAGUUGUGGGUUGGUGCUGACUGAAGAUUUCCCGAGCGAAAAAAAAAAUACUCUCCUUUUUUUUAGGAGAAACGAAGUCAAUCAUAAGCGCCGAGGAGAGUUCAAGGAAUACUUUGUAUGUAAUAGGAGACUGG